CCGGAACUUUGGGCUGGGAGGUGGCUGGCGCGCAGGGCUCAGAGUCCCAGCGGAGCUGAGCCGAGCGAACCGUGUUGCCGGUAGACAUGGGGCAGAUCGAGUGGGCCAUGUGGGCCAACGAGCAGGCGCUGGCGUCCGGCCUGAUCCUCAUCACAGGUGGCAUUGUGGCCACUGCCGGCCAGUUCACCCAGUGGUACUUUGGCGCCUACUCCAUUGUGGCAGGUGUGUUUGUCUGCCUGCUGGAGUACCCCCGAGGGAAGAGGAAAAAGGGCUCCACUAUGGAGAGAUGUGGACAGAAGUACAUGACGAAAGUGGUGAAGCUGUUUGGGCCCCUCACCAGGAAUUACUACGUCCGUGCCUUCCUGCACCUUGCGCUGUCAGUACCAGCUGGCUUCCUGCUUGCCACCAUCCUGGGGACAGCCUGCUUGGCCUUCUCGAGUGCCAUCUAUCUGCUGGCAGCCACCCGUGGUGAGCAGUGGACCCCCAUCGAGCCUAAGCCCAAGGAGCGGCCGCAGGUCGGGGCCACCAUCAAGCAGCCGCCCACCAACCCCCCACCCCGGCCUCCAGCUGAGGCUCGCAAGAAGCCCAGUGAGGAGGGGGAUGUGGCAACAGGGGUCCCCAGCGGCCCCCAGGAAAACCCCAUCCCAGUAACCGAUGAGGUCGUGUGACAGGCACCUUGAGCUGCAACCUGAGUGUCUCUAGCAGCUCUUCCGGCGGGGGGGGGGGCACCCAGACCCCGAGGGCACCCCCUCUCUUGCACUCCAGAACCACAGGCCCUCUUUCCAUGUCAUUCAAAGCCAUCUGUCAUCUUUCUCAGUGACACUUGAAAUCACAGAGCAUCUUCUAUUCUAUAAAAUACAGUAUCUGAAAUUCCA